CGGUGUCGCGUACUAUAAUCAAAAACUUAAUGUUGUCGUAAACAUUUUGUUUAUUUUAUUUUAAUACAAUUUUUUAGUAAGAAAAUUUAAAUUUAUAAAAUGUCGAUUACAAUUACUCAAGAUGUAUUUGGUAGUGCAAAAGAUCCAUUUACUAAAAAGGAUACAGCAAUUCAUCGAUUUACCUUCUGUAAUGACAACAAUAUGUCAGUACAAGUGAUUACAUUAGGAGCAACUAUAACAUCGAUAAUUGUACCUGAUGGAGCUGGAAAUACUGACGAUGUUGUUUGUGGUUUCGAUAAUGUUGAAGGUUAUCAAGCGUCAAAUAAUCCUUAUUUUGGUGCCACGGUUGGAAGAGUUGCAAAUCGUGUUGGAUUCGGAAAAUUUAUUUUAAAUUGUGAAGAAAUUAAUGUGAGUAAAAAUUGGAAUGAUAGGCAUCAACUUCAUGGUGGUUUUAUUGGUUUCGAUAAAGUUCAUUGGACUGCUAGCAUUCAUGAUAACCAAACUGUAGUAAUGUCACAUGUAUCUGAAGAUGGUCAUGAAGGUUAUCCAGGAAAAGUUGCAGCAAUUGUAGUUUUUCAACUAACUGAAGAAAAUGAAUUUCGUGUAUGUUUUUCGGCUACAACCACAAAACCUACGCCAAUUAAUUUGACAAAUCAUUCUUAUUUUAAUUUGGCUGGACACAAUGCUGGAAGUCAACAGUUAUAUGAACAUUUAAUUAAAAUAAAAGCAGAUAAAAUUACGGUAACAGAUUCUGAUUCAAUUCCAACUGGUGAAUUUAUGGAUGUUGAUGGUACACCUUAUGACUUACGUACACUUGGAAAAUUAGGUCCACGUUUACAGAAAUUAAGGGCUUUGGGUUAUGAUGACAAUUUUUGUGUCACUCUUGAUCAUGGCAAUACAUUAACAACCAUUGCAAAGGUAUCACAUCCAAAGUCUGGAAGAUGGAUGGAAGUUGCAACUGAUCAACCUGGAGUUCAAUUCUAUACUUCAAAUUUUAUGCCAGAUCCCGCAAAGAAUGAGGCUCCAAUAAUUGGAAAAGAAGGCGCAAAAUACUUUAAGCACGGUGCGUUAUGCUUGGAAACACAAAAAUAUCCUGACGCUGUCAAUCAUGAAAAUUUCCCAUCGAUCAUUUUAAAUCCAAAAGAGACUUAUACACACGAGGUGAUUUACAGAUUUGGUGCUUGCAAAGAAGUUUAAACUAAGCAGCCAUUUAUACUUAUUUUGAUGAAUUCCAAAAAUUCAACGUUAUAUUAAAAUUUAUAUUUACGAAAUAUAAUUUAACUCAAAUACGUGUUGUAUAUGUAUUGUAUAUUGUGGUAACACACAAAUACAAUAUAAUAAGCGUAUGUAUGCAUGCACAUAAUAACGUUUUAAAUUAUUAUAUACAUACAUACAUAUACCUAUACGUACAUUUAUAAAAUAUAUCUACAUUUAUACAAAU